CUCUCAGUUUGCUGCUCUGCAGCGGCACUGUAGCGUCUCUCCAGUGCGGUAGGUGGCAGGCAGCAGUUUCCGGCCGCCUUCGGAAUUUGGCGGAGAAAGGCAACUGUUCAUGCAACGGGGAUAGCUAGCUCUUUCAGUGGUUUGUGUUUGCUGCUGAAUUUAACUGCUGGAAAAAAAAACUACAAAAUGACCAAGCUGCAGCUCCUGCACCGCGCGCUGAACGAGCGUCUGAUGGCGGCGGUGGAGCAGAUCAUGGAGAUGGUCGGCGGUACGGUGCUGGAGUACGAGGAAGAGACGAUCCGAGCACGGAAAGAAAACGAGGUUCUGAGACGGAGACUCCGGUGGAUGGAGGGGGCAAACCGAGCCGACUGGCCAGGUGCAUCAGAACCUGUUACACUUUCCACCACGGACGAGGCCAAUCCAUCCCGGCAAGAUGAGGGUGCUGCCAACUUUGGAUGUGGACCGGAAUCAGAAGCUCUUGUGAUCAAAACAGAGUCGACUGAUGUCCCCCUGUGCAGCGCCACCACAUUACCUCAAAGCAUUGAUCAGGGACCUGACAAUGCCGGGACAGGCGCUGGCAUUGCCUACGGCCUGAUGGACAGCAUGACCUGGGACUCUGCCCAAAGUUACAUGGCCCCUCUUGACUUUGAUCCAACUUCAGGUCCCAGUAGGGUCCGGCAUUGGAGAGGACCGAACAGAAGGCAGAGGAUGUCCUUUGCCUGUCCAGACUGUGGUAAAGUCUUUGGAAGUAAACAGAGGCUGAUGGUUCAUAUGCGCAUUCAUUCCACCGAGAGGCCUUAUGCGUACCGCCGGCGCAAGGCGUGCUUCUACGGUGACAACAAGAAGAAGAGGAAGCUGCACAGGCUCGCUCAGCUGUCAAGAGAAAUUGUGGCCGAUCUGUCGGAUGGCUCUGAGCAGAUGAACAGGAGUGAAGAAGAGCCUGAGAGUGACCACACCAGCAGUGAUAAAGAACCAGAAAAGAGAAUUACCACCCCUGUGCAGAAUCGGCGCAAAAAAAAAGGAGUGGUAAACCAGAUGUGUCGGUGUCCUCAUUGCCCUCAGCGGACGUUUGCUCGGCCCUGUCAGUUAGCCUUGCACAUGAAGACCCACAGAGUCACAGCUCUCAUCAACCUGCCCACCCAAGCACAGUCAGGAGCUCAGGAGAUAGUGGAUGCGAACAGGAAAUUACCCAAGAGGCAAAGAAAAAAUGAUGUGAAGAAGGAGGCCAAAUUGGUUGACAAACGUAAGCUCCAGUGUCCAGAGUGUGACAAAGUCUUCUUACAUCCAGGCUGGUUUCGUGUCCACACGAAGUCCCAUCAGACCAAAAGGGCUUUAUUACGCAGAAGUAUGCUAAUCAAGACUGAGUUGACUAAAGAAGAAACAAUGGAGGCAGUGCCUAAAACUACAGAAGUACAGAAUGAGAAGAAGGUAAAGAAAACAUAUGCCUGCCCGCACUGUGAUAAAGUGUUUUCUCGUGAAGGAUGGCUGGUGCCACACAUUCGCACUCAGCAUGGGGAAGGAAAGAAAAGGAGUGAUUACUUUAACGUGUAUGGCAGUGGCCGUACAAGGUCACAACAGCUUGUCACCAAGCGAUUACGUAAGCGCAAAACUCAGAAACGGGAAGUCGCUAAGAAGAUGAGACUGAAUAGCCAGAAAACUAAAGGAUUAAGGAAGGUCAGGGAUAAACAACGUCAAACAAGUGAUGAGUCCAUCCUGGUUGUUGAUGUGCCAAUAUUCACAAAAGAUGAGGACGAAGAAAGUACAGAUCUUCCUAUAUUGGGCACAGAUGAGGCUGAAGAAAGUGAAGAUCUUCCUAUGAUGGGCACAGAUGAGGCUGAAGAAUGUGCAGAUCUUACAAAAACGGGCACAGAUGAGGCACAACAAAGUGCAGAUCUUCCUAAAACGGCCACAGAUGAGUCGGAGAGCACUUCUGAGCAAUCAAAGGACAUCACAGGCUCUGACUGUGGAACAUCAAGCGCUAAAUAUCUGAAGAUGAGGUUUCCAUGCAAAACAUGUGGCAAAGACUUUGCUCUGGAGAAGAAGCUAAAGAAGCAUUCAAGGAAACAUAUAGGACGUAGGUUACAUGAUGAAAAGAAAAGAAGACGAGAGCAAGCUAAAAUGGAAAUGGAGCUUAAGGAAAAAGAAAAAAGGAAAUUGGAGGAAAAAAAGAGGCUUGAUGAUAUGUCAACAAGUAAUAACAAACCAAAUACUACGCAGACGCCUCAUGGAUCCCCAAACAAAGACUCGUUACGGAAAAGCAGAACCAGAGGUCAAGGGCCACUACCCUGCCCAUUUUGUGGCAAAGUUUUUGCUUGGGAAAUGCGGCUGUUGAUGCACAUGCAGAUUCACUGUGGAGAGAAACCGUACGCCUAUCGGCAGCGCAAGAAACGUUUUUAUGGUGACCUGAAAAGGGGCCAACUCCCGAAAAUCCAUAAUCAGGAGCCUUCGGGGGACAAAAGUGAUGAGUCUGAAGAAUCUGGGAUUGAAGAGACGGUGAAUAAGAACCGAUCUGCACAUCUGAACAGCAGUGCAACCCGUGCAGUGUCUGGAGCUCUCGCAAGCAGUACAGCUAUUGAGCAGCCUACCACCUCUUACAAGAGCAGUCAAAGAACCAAAACCAAGCUGGUCAGUGACAUCAUGAGCCACUUCAAUAUGCAGCCCAGGAUCGUUCUACAACCAAUUAUGAGUGCAUGCAAGUACUGGAGCUCAGUGCCUGGGGUAGCUGACUUAAAAUCAGGUUGCUCUGAAAAAAGUAGUGGCUUUGGUCAUGAACAAACCCCAGUACGGGUUGAUGAUGAAAUGGUGGAUGCUGUGGAAGAUAAAACUGUGGAUUCCAAUCUUUGCACAUUGCCAGUGGAGUUCUCUGGUCAUGGCAUCCAAAACAAGCCUGAAAUAUGCUACAGUGAGACAGAAAUAGUCUGUGUGAAGGUUGGAUCUCCACAUCGUGAACCAGAAGCAGAGCAUGGCAACAUUGGGGGCUCACUGGCCUUCGAAUCUUCUGAGGGAAAUAACACAAAGAGUCAACAAAAAGACGACUGCAAAGUUAAUUGUCCUGUUGUUUCAGAAAACACAGCCAGAGACCAGGUAUCAUUUAUAGUAAUAGAUGAUGAACUAGAGCAAUCAGAUGAAAGAACUGCUGCUGAAAAUGCUCCGUCUGAAUGUGGAAGAAGAAAGUGUGAUUGGAAGUGUGAUUGUAAGAACAUUUCUGCUAUGAAAUUAACCGUAAUGCCACAGAGCAGCGUUUUGCAAUCUUUGUUCAAGGAAACUAGUUCUGGCACCAUGCAGAAGAACGUUGACUCAAAAUUAGUUUGUGUUGUCCUCUCAGAUGGUGAAGACGAUGUUGAUGAAGAUUUGAGUCCCUCCAAAGGUUUAGAUAAAAAGAAAACUGCCUCUGCUGCUAGCAUUCAAAAUAAACAAUUAAAUGUGGGGAGCACACCUGGCAAAAAUCCCUCCAGCGACUCCAACUUUCCAGCUCCAGAUGCAACUGAAUCUACCAAAUCUAUUGAUGGUGCCUCUGCCUCACAACAUAUCUCAAAUGACCCAGUCAGAGACCAGAUGGCCUUUACUGCCAUCAGACAAUCAGACGACAGGCCCAUGAGUUCAAAGGAGAGAAUGUCAUGUCAAACAUCUGAUAUGGUAUUUGCUGGUAAAGAAUGUCUGUCGGAUUUUAAUGUUGACAAGAAACUGCUAAACAUGGAGACUGUCAGUAGCGGUGAGAGAAAAAAUAAGAAACUGGGUCUGAAACACCAGGUGUGCAAUAGUAGCAGAUUGAAAAGUAAUUUGGACUCCAAGUAAAUAAGGACUCAAAAGAGAGUCUGUUCUUAAUCAGCCUCUGGAAAUGUAAAGAGAUAUGUAAAUACUUAAACAGAGAAAUCUCAAUUUAUAUUUAAUUAUACUGUUUUCUUUUUUGAAUUUUUUUAAUGUCAGAUGUCAGAAUCUGUUCUGGAUGAUUCAACUGACAACUCUGAUAUCUCAGGGAUCAAUGAACCUUCUGUACAAAAUGUGAAAACCAGUGAGUUAUUUGUGAAAAGUUUUAAAGAAUUUGAAAUGGCCUCAGACUUUCUCACAUCCCAUCAAACCUCUGACGAUAGAUGCAAAACUGCAGUUUUGUUUUUUUACAAAAAAAAAGUAAUGCAAGCACUAUAUUGUCACUAUUUUGUGGGAAGGCAUAGAGCUUUAAGUCUUGACAAAAACUGUAAAGAAAGGAAACAGUUGUUGAGCAGUUUUGCUAUUAAAAAGAACUUCAACCAACCUAGAGAUUCUAAAAUGGAUUGUGAUGAAGACAUUGUUGGCUGCAUUUUUUUGCCAGGAGUCUUAUCAAUGGAACAAAUUUCAGGAGCAUGUUUUUAUAUGUAAGCACAAAAAGAAUCCAGCUGCAUCCAGCAAGACUCAGGAUACUUUUGAUGCAGAAUUGGGAAACUUUGCUCCAGACACAAUCAGCAUGUCCAGACCUUUAGAGCCAACUAAUGGUCCUUUAUCAGUUCUCCUUUUCCAGAAACUAGGAUAUAUGAGGCGAAGGGGAACCAUACUUUAGUGUCAGAUCGUCCCCAAAUUGAUUUGUGAUCCGAAACCCUCAAGCCCUUUUAAUUUUGACUCUUGCCAGAGUGUUGCUCUAAAAACAUAUCUUCCAGAAGUGGAGGUGCCUACUGUUUCUAACAUUGACAGCAGCAUAGCUCAAGUUGAUCUUGAUGCACAGUUAUUAAAGCCAUCUGUUCCUGAUUUUUGCCAGGGUUCCACAAAAAAUCCUGCUCAUUUGGAAUCUUCUUUUAAUACAUCAUGGAACCCUGAUGUGGAGAUACUAGAACCACCCAUACUAGAUUCCUGU